CAUCAACAGGUGGUAGAUCCGCUAGUUUUGAGUGCGAGUGACGAACAAAGUCUGUGGUCGUCUGUGGGCGGCUCCUCCGGAAUGGAGGAAAGAUCGAUCACGCAGCUUCCACACGGACUACUUGGAAGUUCCUCGUUCGCAGAGGGAUCCUCCGCGUUCUCGAUCUCCUCGGGUGUGGAGGACACAGCAGGCAGCCAGGC